GCCAUUACCCAUUACCAUUAGACAGUUACACCGAAGCAGUUAACUACUGAGUUUAGAUAUUUACCGUAGUGAGUGGAGUGUAGCGUAACUUAAGGUACGGAUAUCAGAUAAACAAAUCUAUCAUUAAGUAGUCAGUGGAAUAAGUGUUGAUUGUUAGAAUAAUAAUUGUUAUCAGUGUACAGUACUAAGUAAGUUAGAGUAAGUUAGAGAGGAUUAGAUUGAGUUAUACUGAACUAGACUGAAUUAUACUGAACACACCAUGUCUUCGUAUGAUGUAGGAACCCGUUGUUGGUAUCCUGACCCUAAAAUUGGAUGGAUUGCUGUAACUAUUAAAUCCAAUAAACAACAAGGAAAUAAAUAUCAUUUAGAAUUACAAUCAGAUAAUGAUUCUCAACAAAUCUUUACCGUAGAAACUGAUAAUUUAAAUGAAGAUAAUGAAAAAUUACCUCCAUUACGAAAUCCUCCAAUAUUAGAAGCAGCUGAAGAUUUAACAAGUUUAUCAUAUUUAAAUGAACCAGCCGUAUUACAUGCCAUUAAAUUAAGAUAUUCUCAAUUAAAUAUUUAUACUUAUUCAGGUAUAGUGUUAAUUGCCACAAAUCCAUUUCAAAGAGUUGAUCAAUUAUAUUCUCAAGAUAUUAUUCAAGCUUAUGCUGGUAAAACAAGAGGUGAAUUAGAUCCUCAUUUAUUUGCCAUUGCUGAAGAUGCUUAUAGAUGUAUGAAAACUGAUGGACAAAAUCAAACUAUUGUAGUUAGUGGAGAAUCUGGAGCUGGGAAAACGGUUAGUGCAAAAUAUAUUAUGAGAUAUUUUGCUUCAGUUGAAGAAGAUUUUAAUAAUCAUAAUGAUGAAAAUCAUAAAACUGAUAUGUCUGAUGUUGAAAAACAAAUCUUAGCAACUAAUCCAAUUAUGGAAGCAUUUGGUAAUGCAAAAACUACAAGAAAUGAUAAUUCUUCUCGAUUUGGGAAAUAUUUAGAAAUUUUAUUUAAUAAGAAUACUUCAAUUAUUGGAGCAAGAAUAAGAACUUAUUUAUUAGAAAGAUCUCGAUUAGUAUUUCAACCAAAAACUGAAAGAAAUUAUCAUAUUUUUUAUCAAAUUUUAUCAGGAAUGAAUGAAGAUGAUAAAUUAACUUUAGGAUUAUCUAAUGCUGAAGAUUAUAAAUAUACUAAUCAAGGUGGACAACCAAUAAUUGAAGGGAUGAAUGAUGAAGAAGAAUUUCAAAUUACUAAAGAUGCCCUUAAUUUAAUUGGUAUAAAUGAUAAUAAACAAUUUGAAAUUUAUAAGAUUUUAGCAGCUUUAUUACAUAUUGGUAAUAUUGAUAUUGCUGCCACCAGAAAUGAUGCACAUUUAUCAUCAGAUGAACCAAAUUUAGUUAAAGCUUGUGAAUUAUUAGGAAUUGAUUCAAAUAAUUUUGCUAAAUGGUGUAUUAAAAAGCAAAUUCAAACUAGAUCAGAAAAGAUUAUAAGUAAUUAUAAUCAUAAACAAGCUUUAGUGGCCAGAGAUUCCUUUGCAAAAUAUAUUUAUCUGGCCUUAUUUGAUUGGUUAGUAGAUUAUAUUAAUCAAGAUUUAUGUCCUCAAGAAGUUAAUGCACAAAUUAAUUCAUUUAUUGGAGUUCUUGAUAUUUAUGGAUUUGAACAUUUUGAAAAGAAUUCAUUUGAACAAUUUUGUAUUAAUUAUGCCAAUGAAAAAUUACAACAAGAAUUUAAUCAACAUGUAUUUAAAUUAGAACAAGAUGAAUAUAUUAAAGAACAAAUUGAAUGGUCAUUUAUUGAUUUUUCUGAUAAUCAACCAUGUAUUAAUUUAAUUGAAAAUAAAUUAGGAAUUUUAUCACUUUUAGAUGAAGAAUCAAGAUUACCCUCAGGGAAUGAUGAAUCAUGGAUUCAAAAAAUGUAUCAAACUUUAGAUAAAGAACCAACUAAUAAAGUAUUUAAAAAACCCAGAUUUGGACAAACUAAAUUUGUGGUAAGUCAUUAUGCUCAUGAAGUUAGUUAUGAUAUUGAAGGAUUUAUUGAAAAGAAUAGAGAUACGGUUGGGGAAGGUCAUUUAGAAGUUUUAAAGGAAACUUCUAAUGAAUUAUUACAAUCAAUUUUAUCAAUUAUUGAUAGAAAUGCGACUAAUUUAGAAUUAAGUUCUUCAACCAGUUCAACUACAAUUAAUAAUAAUAAUAAUAGUAGACCUAAACCAGCUAAUAGAAAACCAACUUUAGGGUCAAUCUUUAAGAAUUCAUUAAUUGAAUUAAUGAAAACUAUUGAUUCAACCAAUGCUCAUUAUAUUAGAUGUAUUAAACCUAAUGAACAAAAGGAAGCCUGGAAAUUUGAUUCAUUAAUGGUCUUAUCCCAAUUAAGAGCUUGUGGAGUUUUAGAAACUAUUCGAAUUUCUUGUGCUGGAUUUCCAUCUCGAUGGUCAUAUGUUGAAUUUGCUGAUAGAUAUCAUAUCUUAGUUCCAUCUGAUGAUUGGAUUAAAGUAAUGAAUGGAGGUCAAACUACUCAAGAAUCAGUUAGUGAUUUAUGUAAUAAGAUUUUACAAAGAAAUAUUGAUGAUAAAGCCAAAUAUCAAUUAGGUAAUUCUAAAAUCUUCUUUAAAGCAGGAAUGUUGGCUAAAUUUGAAAAAUUACGAGCUGAUAAAUUAUUUAAACUGGCCGUAAUGAUUCAAAAGAAUGUUCGAAGAAAUAUUUAUAGAAAUCAAUAUUUGAUUACUAGACAAUCUCAUAUUAAAUUACAAUCAUUAAUUAGAGGAUAUAUUAAGAGAAGUCAAAUUAAAUUUGAAUUAGAAACUAAAGCUGCUAUAUUAAUUCAAACUGGUCUUAGAGGGGCCAUGAUUAGAAUUCAUACUAAACAAGCCAUUAAUUCUAUAAUAACCAUUCAAAAUUCUAUUAGAGGGUUAAGUACAAGAAGACAAAUUAAUCAAUUAAGAACCGAAAAAUCCGCCAUUGUAAUUCAAAAACAUUUCCGAGGAUUAAUUGCUCGGAAAGAAUUUAAUUUAAAGAGUAAAUCAAUUGUGAUUAUACAAUCCGCAUUUAGAAGAAAGUUUGCUUAUGAAGAAUUAAAACAAUUAAAGAUUGAAGCUAAAUCGGUUAAUAAAUUAAAGGAAGUUUCAUAUAAAUUAGAGAAUAAAGUGGUGGAUUUGACUCAACAAUUAACCAAUAAGAUUCAAGAUAAUAAAUCCUUAGUUAUUGAAAUAACUAAUUUAAAGAAUCUUUUACAACAACAAAAUCUUGCUCAUGAAACUUUAAAGAAUCGAGAAGUGGAAUUUAAUGAGAAAUUUGAUUCUCAAAAUGUUAAUCAUCAACGAGAAAUUGCCAAUUUAAAUAAAGAAUUAGAAGCCAUUAAAGCUGAUUAUUCAUCGGCUGAACAAAGAAUUGAAGAAUUAACUAAAGAACAAGCUGAAUUAAGACAAGAAGUUAAACGUACUGUUGAAGAAUUACAAGCUGCUCAAGCAGAAUUAGUUAAACGGGAUACAAUUGAAGUUGAUUUGAAAUCUCAUAUUGAACAAUUAAAAGCAGAAAUAAUUCAAUUACAAAGAAAUGGAGCCAAUGGAAUUGGAGCCAAUGGAAUGAUUAAUAAUCCCAAAAGUAGAAAUCUUAGUAAUAAGCGUCAUAGUAGUGCUUUGGCAUGGAAUUCUCCCACUUCCCUUGAAAAUAAUGCUAGACCAGUAUCAGUUAUUGCUGUAUCUAAUGAUGAUGAUAUUAAUAUUGAUGAUAUAAAUGAUGAAUUAUUUAGAUUAUUAAGAGAUUCAAGACAAUUACAUCGUGAAAUUGUUGAAGGAUUAUUAAAAGGUUUAAAGAUUCCUCCCGCCGGUGUAGCAGCCGAUUUAACUAGAAAGGAAGUAUUAUUCCCCUCUAGAAUUAUUAUUAUUAUCUUAUCGGAUAUGUGGAGAUUAGGAUUAACUAAAGAAAGUGAAGAAUUCCUUGGAGAAGUGUUAUCAACCAUUCAAACCAUUGUUUCUUCAUUAAAGGAUGAUGAUGUUAUUCCUAAUGGAGCCUUUUGGUUAUCCAAUACUCAUGAAUUAUAUUCGUUUGUAUCUUAUGCUCAACAAACUAUAAUUGCUAAUGAUACUUUAUCUCAUGAAAUGAGUGAAGAAGAAUUUGAAGAAUAUUUAAAAUUAGUGGCUGUAGUUAAAGAAGAUUUUGAAUCUCUUAGUUAUAAUAUUUAUAAUAUGUGGAUGAAAAAGAUUGAAAAAGAAUUAGAAAAGAAGGCUGUUUCUGCGGUUGUAUUAAGUCAAUCAUUACCAGGAUUUAUGGCACCUGAAAGUUCUCCAUUUUUAGCUAAAGUAUUUUCUCCAGGAGUUCAAUAUAAAAUGGAUGAUAUACUAAGUUUUUUCAAUUCAGUUUAUUGGUCAAUGAAAUCUUAUUUUAUUGAACAAGAAGUUAUGAAUGAAGUAAUUAUUGAAUUAUUAAAAUUUGUUGAUGCCUUAUGUUUUAAUGAUUUAAUUAUGAGAAGAAACUUUUUAUCAUGGAAGAGAGGUUUACAAUUAAAUUAUAAUGUAACUAGAUUAGAAGAAUGGUGUAAAAGUCAUGAAAUUGCUGAAGGUUCAGCAUAUUUAAGUCAUUUAUUACAAUCGGCUAAAUUAUUACAAUUAAGAAAAAAUACUCCUGAUGAUAUUGAUAUAAUUUAUGAAAUUUGUUAUGCAUUAAAGCCAAUUCAAAUUCAAAAAUUAAUUAGUCAAUAUUAUGUAGCAGAUUAUGAAACUCCAAUUGCUCCAAAUGUUUUACAAGCGGUGGCUGAUAAAGUUCGAGAUUCUCAUGGUAGUAGUGAAUUAUUUGCUCCAACUGGUAGUGAUGGACAUUUUAAUGAUCCAUUUAGAACGGUUCAUUUAAGACCAUUUUCAAGAGUUGAAGCUUAUGUACCAGCUUGGUUAAAUUUACCAGUUAUAAGAAGAAUUGUUGAACUUGUAGCUAAGAAUGCAUCAGUUCAAGAGGCAAAUAGUAUAGAGCAUAAUAGUAUACCAGAAGUUGAGACAGCUUUGAAUGGUCACUAGUUAAUAUAUAUUGAUUAUUGUAGUGUGGUGUAGUGUAGUGUGGUGUAGUGUAGUGUGGUGUAGUGUAGUGUGGUGUAGUAUAGUG